CUCAGAUCUCUUUUCUUUAUCUAUUCAGAUGUGUUUGCGACAGAAACGAAACAGAGAGAACAGAACAUACUGUAUAUAUGUUUUUUUUGUCGGUGUGUGUCUAAUCUUCAAUUUUGAUUUGUACAGGCAGAACUUCCACGAAAACUUUCUCCUCAGCUACAGUUAGAGGGAAGAGAAUGUGAAGAUCUCAAGAAGAGCUUUAGAAGUCUUUUGGAGCAUUCAAUCAAGUGGAGAAUUCCAUCCAAUCACAUGACCUUCAUGAUGAAGGUGAUCAACACAGAGGACUGCAAGUGGCUCGUUUAGGAGAAACGGACAGUGAGAGGAAGGUCAUCAAGCAUCUAAUGUUGAAAACAUUCAACUCACAGCUGAAGAGAAAAAGUUGUUUUCCAAAGACUACAGGAAGUUCAUGACUCAAGACAAGGAAGAAUCAGACCUUAAGAGCAGAAGGACAGUGGGACUUCAACUCUUCAGAAGCCUUGAUAGCCAAAGGAAGUCAAAGGGUUAUUGAGUUGUCCAGAACAGAGGUGUGCAAACUUGUUGCAAAGUCACCUGCUGAUGGGAAUUAUCCAUCAGGGGGAUGGAGAGCAAAAGAAGGUGGAUUCAGGUUAGCUUCUGUGCUUUCAGAGCUAAAUGCCCUUGAUGUGUACUCUUUUGCUGCUGAUCACAUCACCGAACCACUCUCCCUGUUGUUGUCACAUAAUGAGCAACCAUCUAUUCUAAGGGCAGCUUGUUUGAGGUUUCUGUAUGUUGCUGCACGCCAUGACCGCAUCUCAAGUUGGAGUGGAAAUAAGUGGUUGUUCUUGCUGAAGACGAACCUUGGAGAAUCUUGGAGCGUGGUCCACUCAUAUGCUGCUAUAGUUCUGAGCGUUCUAUUGGUGAAGGAAGGUAAAAGGGCGCAUAAGCUGUUUAGGGCAUCUGAGAUCUCUACCGUGGCUGUAACCCUUGUCAACAAGUUGGAGGUCCAAGGUGAUGACUGUUACUGGAGUAAGAGAAGUCACUCUCAUCACUCAUGCUCUCACAAGAUUGCUCUGCCAUAUUGAAGCUUUUUCUGGAGAUGAAGAAGCUGAGAAACUCUGGGGCCAGUUACUGCAGAACCUGUUGGCUCUUGCUUCAGCCAACCACAAUGAGAUCUUCUAUGCUGCUGAAGACCCACUCUUCUUCAUGGCUUAUUCUUUGGAUGAGGUUGCUUCUUCCAAGCAGCACCAUGGCAGGUUCGUACAGAUCAUGGUAGAGACUCUUAAUGACACAAGCAAGGCGUAUUUGAACCAUCUAUGGACUCUUUACGAGAUUUCUCGCAAUCCCAAGCCGUGAUGAAGACAAAAGGACAGCAAGAUUGAAGAGCUUGAGGAUGAACGAACUUCUUUUCUUUUCUUUUUUUCCUUAUCGUUGCUUGUUUUAGGAGUUCCAACUAGACUUGCUUGGUUGUGUUCUGGAAACUUCUUUCUAUCUAUGCUUUUGAUAACUUCUCUCAUGUUCUGGUUCUGGUUCUGGUUCUGGGGUGUGUUUGACAUUCACAUCUGAGAAGAUCAAAUUUGCUUUUAUGUAAGACUCUUGUCAUGUUUCACGUUUUGUUUGACUAUUUUGGUAGCUUCCUUCUCUCAUGUGUUUGACAUUCAUACUGAGAAGAUCACAUUUACUUUUUAAGUAACUUGUCAUGUUUUUUGGUUUU